AUGUCUACAUUGACUAUCACCGGCUUUGAAAGUCGUCAAAUCACUGGCCAAACCCUUCUAGUAGAGAACCCAUCAACAGGAGAUCAGCUUGGAACUAUCUCUGCUGCGGGAUCAGAGGAUAUCGAUAAAGCUGUUGCAUGCGCUAAGGCCAGUUUCAGCACAUGGAGGGCAGUUCCUGGGCAUGUCAAGGCCCAACUCCUCCUGAAUCUUGCAGACUUGAUUCAGCGCGAUGCCCAAGAUCUAGCAUCGCUGGAGGCAGUGGACGCAGGUGUUCUGUAUACUGAUUCGAUCGGAAUGAACAUUCCUCAGGCGGUCGGCUGUCUUCGAUACUACGCGGGUUGGGCCGACAAAAUUGAUGGGAAAACACUCGAACUGGAUGGGGGCAUUGCUUACACUCAUCGUGAGCCGUUGGGUGUCUGCGGGGCUAUUGUGCCUUGGAAUGCUCCACUGAUGAUCACCAUCUGGAAGUUGGCUCCUGCCUUGGUGACUGGGAAUGUUUUAAUCAUCAAAUCUUCCGAGCUGUCCCCUCUGUACGCUUUAAAGCUUGCACAACUAGUAAAGGAAGCUGGUAUUCCUCCCGGUGUCGUGAGCAUUGUUACCGGGGAAGGUGCCAGCGCAGGCCAGGCUCUAUCGGAACAUAUGGAGGUACGCAAGAUCGCCUUUACCGGUAGCACUGUCGCAGGACGCAAGAUCAUGCAAGCAGCAUCCAGAACAAACUUGAAGAAGGUCAGUCUGGAACUUGGUGGCAAGGGACCAUCAAUUGUAUUUGAUGACUGUGAUCUGGAGAAUGCGCUGCUCUGGACGCGCAUUGGAAUCACCGCAAACAACGGGCAGAUCUGUGCGGCCGGCUCACGCAUCUAUGUGCAGGCCUCAAUCUAUGACCGGUUCAUCGAAGCCUACAAGAAAGCUGCUGCCGAUGCCCCUACCGUUGCUGGGAAUCCCUUGGAUGCUUCAACUACAAAGGGGCCUGUUGUCAGCAAUGUCCAGCAUCAAAAGAUCCUUGACUUCAUUCGUCAAGGCAAAGAGUCAGGGGCCAGACUACUGUUCGGCGGCGACCGAAUUGGCAACAAGGGAUAUUUCGUUGAGAACACCGCAUUUGCAGACGUUGGUGACAAUGCUACAAUCAUGCGUGAAGAGAUUUUCGGCCCUGUUGCGAGCAUUGCCAAAUUUGAUACUGAAGACGAAGUCAUCUACAAGGCCAAUGACUCCCAUCACGGACUCAGUGCUGCGAUCUUCACCAACGAUAUUAGCCGUGCGCAUCGCGUGACAAGGGCUCUCGAAUCAGGACAGGUUACUGUCAAUGCGUGGGCAAUGUUGAGCCCGAAUGUCCCCUUCGGUGGCGUCAAGGAAAGUGGAUUUGGUCGAGAUAUGGGCGAAGAGGCCUUGGAGAGUUGGACUACGGUCAAAGCUGUCAAAUACCACAUUCUUCCAAAGCUUUGA